AUGAGUGGUACACCAACUGCUGUGAAGCAGCAGCCACCAUCGCCACCUCAAUCCAUUGAUGGGGAAUUCGACUUGAGCGCUGUUCAGCAACAUAUAGCUGCGCUUGAACAACAGGCAGUGCAGCCGCAGAUCAACACUAUUGGCCUGGCUGAACAACCAAUAGAUCAAUAUGGAGACCCCUCCGACUAUCAGAUUGCUAGCAACCACGUGUAUUACCCUUCACAACCUGGUUUUCAUCAAGCGAACCAUCCUGCAACACCUCCAAUCACAGGGUACGACAGUGUCAUGCGAACAAGAAGCGGUCGAUCAUUGGGAUCUCCCCUGACAAGCACAAAUCCUGAAACGAGUCGCAGAUCCAGAUCGCCUCGGCCCAAAGCAAAGCGACCUCCACGGAAUGCUAAAACAAAUCGGGCUGUAACAUUGGAGGAGCCACUGAGCAUAAUGACCAAGAAUUGGGCGGUUCCUCUUGCAGACAUCGAAGCCAAGGUCCAUCGACCAGCAGAGCAACGACAAGCAGAAGUCAACAAUAAGAAAAACAAUGGUAAAGUGCCAAGGCCAAUGAAUUCCUUUAUGCUGUAUCGGUCAGCCUACGCAGAACGCGUCAAGGAAUAUUGCAAGGAAGGCAACCACCAGGUCAUUUCGCAGAUCACUGGCGCUAGCUGGUCGAUGGAGCCUCAUGAGGUCAAAGAACUCUAUGAGAAGUAUGCAGACAUAGACAGGCAGAAUCAUUCCAAGGCUCAUCCUGAUUAUAAGUUUGCACCGAACAAGAACGGACCAGCAAGCAGAAAAAGGAAGGGUCGCGACGAUGAAGUCGACUCGAUCGACUGGGAAGACCAAGACUAUGAAGCAAGCAGUGGCCACAGUAAGCGUACCCGGUAUGGCCAGAGCGUGGAAAGCCGCAGUCAUUCGUCGACCCCGUUCGAGCCCAUGAGACAGCAAAACUACGCUGCGGUACCAGUAAGCCGUUAUGCAAAUCCAUCUUCGUACCAUGCAACAAAUCCGCGAAGCAUGCCUCCAGCUUAUCCUCUCGACAUUAACGACCAGUAUUACGAACAGUGGGCCACUCCGUACACCAGCAAUGUUGAGGACGUUCAUGUACGCAGAGUCAACCAACCUGGCGCAAUCUCAUAUACUUCGAUAGAUGAUCAAUCGUUAGUCGGUCUUCCUCAGGGUGGGCUCCCCAGCCAGAUCCAGCCAGAUCCAGGAUAUGGCGUGCCACAGCCAAUGCACAUGGAUCCCUUAGAUCCGCGUCUGGAGCACUAUGGCGCACAAGACUCUUAUACGCAGUAUGAACCGGUGGAUCUGGCACAUCGUCUCGAGCCACAGUAUGAUUACGGCCAGGAUGAUAUCUUCGGAGCCACGACAUAUGCUUAUUCAGAAGCAAGUCGUCAUCCAGGAAUGGCAACUUUGACGUCUCCUCGAGGGCCGUGGGAUCACCCUCUACCAGGUUCUGAUUUUGACGAGGAAAUAGGGAAGUUCCCGUAA